AUGCCGCUCGAUGAGGAGUGGCACUGUAGGAAGUUUGAGAAUGGUCUCCGAGGAGACAUUUGCUUGAUGGCAGCUCCACUUUCCAUCAAAGACUUCGCUGCCUUGGUGGAAAAGGCCAGGGUUAUGGAGAGAAUUAAAAUGGAGGUCGAGGCCCAGCAGCAGCCACAACAGAGGGUUAUCAGACCAUCUGAGUCCAGGCCAAGAGUUGAAGAGAAGAAGAAGCCUUAUUCCAGGCCCCAUCCACAGCCACGGGAGUCUAUAGGCUUUUCUUCCCCACCCAGCAGGAUCCAGUGCCAUCAUUGCGGAGGACCGCAUGUGAAGAGUUUUUGCCCGCAACUAUCCGGGUUCCGCAAGUGCAACCAUUAUGGCAUGGAGGGUCACUUUGGCAGGGAUUGUCCUACUUUGAGGAGGGCAGUGGCACGACCUCCAUCACAAACUCCGAGCCAGACUCAGCAAAGGAAGGGAGGCGGCAGGCCUCAAGCUACAGGCAUGGUUUAUGCGAUGAUUGGGUCAGAGGCAACGGGUGUAGGUAACCUCGUCAUUGGUUGUUGUGUGAUGUCUGGCAAGGCUUGUUGUGUUCUUUUUGAUUCUGGAGCGACACACUCUUUUGUGUUAGAGUCGUGUGUGCGGGAGUUGGGUCUGCCAGUGUGUGAACUACAGUUUGAUCUCGUGGUAUAUACUCCGACAUCUGGGUUGGUUAGGACUUCUACUGUGUGUGCUAGAUGUAAAGUUGAGGUAGAGGGACGCGUAUACAAAGUCAAUCUUAUAUGCCUCCCUCUGUAA